CUUCCACACACACUUGGUGCGCCGCGGCGCAGACGUCCCGGAGCCGCCCGUCCACCGGCACACGGUGCGAUGCAACUCGGGCUCCCGCGCCGUCAGCGACCGGGAGGAACGGAAACCCGACCGAGCGACUCACAUCUGGGGGCCGCAGCUGCUAGCUGCUGUUAGCUGUCCGUGCGUUUCUUUUUUCUUUUUCGGUUAACGGUCGUUUCUGUCGCCGGGGUUUCUUAUCUUGGACGGGGGUGUAUUUACCCAAAAAAAAAAAAAAAAAAGAAGUGUCGGUUGUCGUUUCCUCCGUCAUUUUCAUUUUUUUCAACGGGAAGGGUUCACGGGACCUGCACCGGAGGACCACCGGUUGAACGGAGCCCUGGUUCUUCGUCCCUGCUGGGGGUGUGGAGGGGGGGGGGGGUGCGAGGGGGGUGUGAGGCGUUUCCACCGCUAUAAGAAAAGGAAAGAAAACGUCCCUCGCCGCCGCCGCCGCCGCUGCCAUGGUGAUCUUCACCGGGACGCUGAGGAUCCGCAUCCGAGAGGCGCUGGACCUCAAGCCGACGGCCUGGUCCCUGCGUCACGCCGUCGGCCCCAAGACCCAGAGCUUCCUGCUGGACACGUACAUCGCGCUGAACGUGGACGACUCGCGCGUGGGCCAGACGUCCACCAAGCAGAAGACCAACAGCCCCGCCUGGAACGACGAGUUCACCACGGAGGUGCGCGGCGGCCGCGGCAUCGAGCUGUCGGUGUUCCACGACGCGCCGAUCGGCUGCGACGACUUCGUGGCCAACUGCAUCAUCCCGUUCGAGGACAUCCUGCACCGCGGGACCAAGCACUUCGAGGACUGGAUUGACCUGGAGCCAGAGGGGAAGGUGUACGUGGUUAUUGACCUCUCAGGAUCUUCCAGUGAAGGUAAGGGAACUCUUUCACAAACAUCAGGGACUAACGAGACCCCCCCCCCCUCGUCUCAAAGGCACGAGGCCCGUCAACGUGCCUCUAAGCAAGGCAUCGCCUUGGUGCUCGUGGUCGGGGAGCUGAGCGCCAUUCAGCCUGGUCCGUGUCCCCGCAGGGACCUGAAGCUGGACAACAUACUGCUGGACGCCGAGGGCCACUGCAAGCUGGCCGACUUCGGCAUGUGCAAAGAGGGCAUCCUGGACGGAGUCAGCACCACCACCUUCUGCGGGACGCCAGACUACAUCGCACCCGAGAUCCUUCAGGAGCUGGACUACGGCCCGUCGGUGGACUGGUGGGCUCUGGGGGUGCUGAUGUACGAGAUGAUGGCGGGUCAGCCUCCGUUCGAGGCCGACAACGAGGACGACCUGUUCGAGUCCAUCCUCCACGACGACGUCCUCUACCCCGUCUGGCUCAGCAAGGAGGCGGUGUCCAUCCUCAAAGCGUUCAUGACCAAGAGUCCUAACAAGCGACUGGGCUGUGUGCUGGCUCAGGGUCUGGAGGAGGCCAUCAAGCUCCACGUGUUCUUCAGAGAGAUCGACUGGACGCUGCUGGAGCAGAGGAAGCUCCGACCCCCCUUCAAGCCACGCAUCAAAACCAAAAGGGACGUGAAUAACUUCGACCAGGACUUCACGCGAGAAGAACCCAACCUGACGCCGGUGGAGGACAGCAUCAUCAAGCAGAUCAACCAAGACGACUUUAAAGGGUUCUCCUACUUCGGAGACGAGACUGUGGCCUAGAAACACACAAACACACACACACACGGAUAGCUAACACACUCAUAUACACCGUCAUACCUAAAAUCUUUGAGCAAAGAUAUAAUAUUUGAAGAAACACACGGCCUAAGACCUCAUGAACUUCUGCAGAGUCUGACCUCUCCAGGAAGUAUACCAGACCAUCGGCGUCUCUGUCGGCUCCUGCGCUCUUGUUGUUGUGCUCAUUGGUGCAAAUUCCAUAAAAGCCCACGCAGCAUGCCGUAGGAAACGCUCCUCAUCUCGGUCCGAUCUCCACAGCAGCGUCUUUCAGAGGCGCCUUUGGAAGUAGACACAUGGGCAAGGUGUGUGUGUGUGUGUGUGAGAGAUAACGUGAGUGCAAGUGUGCAUGCAUGCAUAGUUGCAUACUGUACCUCCAGAAAGAGCAGGACUGUCAUUUCUGUACAUGAUGUGCCGUAUCAUGUGUCCAUCUCUGUGUUUAAAGAAUGUUUUUCUUCCUCCCUAAACAUAUAUGUGAAUGGAUAAAUAUACAUAUGUGAAUAUGUUGAACCAAUGAUUGUAUUUAAAGAAAAUGGUCAGCGUUAUGUUUUAAAUUUGAAAACCUGGCUGUUUUUGUGUUAUUGGAGAGAGAGUUACACAAAUGUCUUUUCCCUCUCGCUCCCCGUUUGGGCUUCUUAGUACAUCGACUCCCCCCCUUCAGUGGGAUCCAAGCGGUACCGUUAGCCGCCAGCUAACGGGCUAGCGGGAGCCUUUUUCCUCGCUGGAGUGAGACACACUCACAGCCCUAACGAGGUGUCUUCUACACCACUCGGUUUGUCCAAUGAGGACAAAUAAAGACAUGUCAACAGGGCCCCGUUCAAAAGUCCCGCUCACUUAAACUGCACCUUCUGGAGCAAAGUCCCCCCUGGUCGAACCGCUUCAAUCCUUCCAAGACCACUUGAUGGUUGAAACUCAUUGUGUGGGUGUGUGUGUGUGUGUGUACAGUCCCUGUACCGUGACUCACAGUGAAGAACCAAACCCUCACGGCGCCACGUCACAGCGGUGGAUCGCACACAGAGGGGAGAGUGUGCAACUGAAUGUAUUUGCUCCGAGUGUGCGUGUGUGCUAGUGUGCGUGUGUGUGCUAGUAUGUGCUUGUGUGUGUGUGUGUGUGCUAGUGUGCGUGUGUGUGCUAGUAUGUGCUUGUGUGUGUGUGUGUGUGCUAGUGUGCGCGCGGAGAGUCCGUUUUGUGUUUCUCCUUUAAAACACCUUUUUGUUCAUGUUGAUGUGUCGUUUUUUUUCACUCGGUCUUCACGUCGGUGACAUGUUGGAACUCUGUCGUAAGCGCCUCACGUGCUCGUCCGGGACACGCGUGUCAAGGAGGACGGUCGUCAGACGUGUUUUUAUCGUGACCUGAAAGGAGAACUCCACGUGCAAUAAUCUGAAAGAGUUGUUCUUUGGUCUCAUUCCCAGGUACACAGGAGCCUACUUCAGUUUCUACGGGCACUUAAAAAGCGUCCAUACUGAAGUAGUGGUAGUAGAGAUGAAUGAGAAGCAUCACACACACACACACACACACACACACGUGUGAUUAGUGUCAUCCUUUAAAACACGAUGUCUCUUCUCUUUUUCUUCCUUUCGGGUCUUGGCGCGCGUCGUGUUGCGUUUGCGUUGUUUCUGGUUUUUGAUUUAAAAACACUUUGUUCCUCUUUCGACCUCCAAAGACUCCGUUCUUCCCAGAAGGCCUCAGCGCGCUGAGCGCCAAACGCCAUUUACAAGGGCCCCUGUGAUGACGGGAGUUCCUCUUCCAGUCAAACUGUGGCCCGAGGAUCCUCUCAAACAACGCAGCCAGUAUUAUGGUUUAACCUUCAGCUCCACUGUAUGCACACCUCGACGUUUCCUUGCGCUCUCUGUGUUUGUGAAGCUCCGAUGUUUUUUUUUGUGCGCUUCAUUCGUGUUUAUGUCGGAAUUGUUCUUUUUUUACGCCGCGUGCCAAAUGUACUGUAUUUUAACAGGAUGUGAAGACGUAUUUUAAUUUGUGAAACACAUUAAAUAUCUUGAUGUCAGCAGAGA